UUUACUAGCCAUCGGACUACGAUUUGGAAACAUUGCCUAAAACGCCAAUACGGUGGUAUUUUAUUCACAAAAUGACAAAGUUGAAGCUGCUAAAUGUGUUUUUAAGUGAGAGAUUAGCUGUAGCUGCUAAAGAAAUAUUUAUAGAGGUGGAAAAUAUUUUAAUCGAAUACCAGGAAGAAAUCACUCGUUCAAAGGCAGAGAAUGACCGUCUUCGCGGGCUACUGGACGUCGCUUUCCAGUUUACGCCAGCACAACAGCCCAUUCAGCUUAUAGCCUCUGAUGAGGAGGUUUCCCCUAAGCACCAGCAGCACUGUGAACAAGAGUGGAGCCCCAGUCUGGGCCAGGAGGACCCAGAGCCAACACAGUUUAAAGAGGAACAGGAGCUCAGGACCAGUCAGUUGGAAGAGCAGUUUCAAGGGCUGGAAUCGGAUACGGAAUCCAUAUUCACACCUUCCUGUGUGAAAAGUGACUAUAAUCAGGAUUCGCCUCAGCCCAUAAAUCUUUACCAAAUUCAAACUGUGGAGGUCGGAGAGGGAAAAUCUCCGUCUCUCCCCGCCAACAAAACUGAAGCAAUCAAACCAGAACCCGAAGGAGAGGGCUUUGAAAUAUCCGAACCAAGCAAUCCACAAUCCUUCUAUGCCAUGAAUCUAGACAAUGCUGAAGCUCAGAGUGAAAAUGGUAUAUAUUUCAAUGAGAUAGACAGUGAUGGACUUCCCUCUGAGUUUGAGGUACCACAGCCAAAUCAACCGAGCAGUGCCAGGAGAGGGCAAAGAAUAUGCACAGCGAAGACUGUGAAAAAGAACCCUGAUGAGAAGCCGUACCAGUGCAACGUCUGUGGGAAAAGUUUUCAUCACAUGUCCAAACUUAGAACACAUCUAAGGGUACACACAGGAGAGAGGCCAUUCAGCUGUCCAGAGUGUGGGAAAUGUUUCAGCCAGUCUGGCGAAGUCAACAGACACCUUAAAACACACAAUCGGCACAGGGCCUAUUUAUCCGGCCUAUGAGGGAGAUGCACCCUCUCUUGUGUCGAACUAUGAAUAAAAAAAUAAUAAAGA